AUGGGCACGGGCGCCAGCGCAAUACCGCCGUUGGCAAAGGCGCCCACGGGCGGAGGCGACGGUGGCGACAGUGAACUGGUGCAGCUGCCAGUGUCGGAGAAGUUCACUCCUCCAACGAAAGAACUGGGAGAAGCUGAGGAGAAUUGUGAGGAGGAUGAGGCUGGAUGCGGAGACUAUGAGGAUGAUCCCGCCUGGAUGUUUCCAGAGUCGGAGUUGAAGAGCUUCUGCCAGGGCAAGACGGACUUUGAAACUGCUCAGCAGAGAGUGAUCUCCUGGGCACAGAAUCAGCUUGCGGACGAUCCCGAAGCAGAUUUGUUGGGGACGCCGAUGUCCACUUUGAGUUGUUUUAAGGCCUGUUAUUACAAGAAAGGCCUUGAGCUCUUGAUGAAGACGAUUCCGGUCGCAGACGGGGAGGCGGCCUUCAAAGUGGCCUUCGACCGGGGAACCCAAGAACUGGUGCGGGAGGUCAUGGGCCUCAUCCCUCCUGCAGAGAUCGAAGUCAUAAAGGAUGCCAACUGGCUGCUCACAUGCGCCCCUCCAUCUUUUUUCCAGUUCGACGAAAGAGAGAGCUGGAAGCUCAAGUUCAUGGAGGAGGAGCUACUCCCUCGAGGUCGCGCUGCUGCCAUCGAGGAGUUGAAAAAGAAGGAUGAUGAGGGCAGAUGUUGCGCUCUUCAAUCGCAGUUUGACAAUCUGAGCAUUCCUGGCUUGUUCUAUGUGCUCUCCUUGGGGGCCGACAUCACCGGCCUUUUGCACAAGGAGGAGGCAGAGAAGAUUGCGUCGCUCUACAAGGAAUGCAAGGCGAAGGUGGAUCAGUGGCCGACGCAUGUGAAGCUUUGCAAGGCCAUCGGUCGUGGGAAGCCCGAGGAGGUCAAGGAGAUGUUGAAGACUGCGGAUCCCAAUAUGGAUCACGUGGAUGGGGACUCCGCCACCGUGUCCCCCUUGGUGUUGGCCAUUCGGAAGAACUUCGAACGCAGAUGGUACGACAACUUCUUUCGAUUCAAUCUACCUCAUGCCUGGCAAGUCAUGGAGUCUAAAAGCAACCUGGAGGUGAUCAAGGUGUUGCUGGAGACGCCGGAGCUGGAUCCCAAUCGUGGCGCUUAUUCGUAUGGAUGGCACGGCUCCCAUGUUCGCUGCACCCCGUUGGGAAUGGCACUCAUCGAGGACCUGGACACUGGUUCCUGCUAUCAUACGGCCGAGUCAGACCGCAUGCUGGUGGCCCCUCGCCGAGACAUUCUAGAACUGCUGCUGAAGCAUCCAGAGAUUGAUUUGGAGAACGCUUACAUGCAGGCCUAUGAAGAGGGUGGCAACGAACGCUGUGGGGCGUUGGCCUUGUUGGACCGAGACUACAAGACCGGGAAGGACCACUUUGCCGCAAUGAUGCUGAUGCAAGCAGGUGCGCUGAUGACAAGGGAUUGGAAGGCAAAUUUGGACUCCAUGGACGAGACGGCGAAGGAUUUGCAGGAGGAGAUUAAAAAGGCCAUCGAAGAAGAAGCGGGAGAAAAUGCGCCAGCAGACCAAGAAGAUGUGGAGGAGGACGCGGAAGCGGACUACACGAGUUUUGAGAAGCUUCCCAACGGCGACUUGCUGGUGGAAGGUCUCACAUUCCAGCACUUCAACAAAGCUCGCUUCCGUACUCCUCGCAGAUCUGAGAUUCUGCAGAGUCGCUUGAAAGACCUGGAGGAAGUGAAGAGCUGGUAUGCGAUCGUGAGCAAGGGCUCCAACGUCUUCAUGCAUCCAAAGUCUUUUCCAGCGUCCUUCUGCAGGGUUGCGGCAGCAUUCAAGAAGGGGACCAUUUUGACCAAGCCCGUGAUUGGAAGUAUACUGGACUUUGUGGACUUCUUUGAGUUCAACCGAGAGAGGAAGCCAGGACUUCCCUUUUGGGAGCGCUCCAUCGACAUUUUUGGGCGACCACAAUCCAACGUCUUCUUCCAGAUGCAAAAGCUUUUGAGUUCCUUUGAGAAUGAGCUGGCUGAGCGGGACCCGUCGUCGCUUCCAACGACUCCGUUCCAAGCUGAAGUGAAGGAACCCAAAGCCAACAACACCUGCUGGGCUGUAGAGCCGAAGGCAGCUGGAGGAGAAGGUGGAGAUGGAGAAGAUGAAGUCCCAGAAGCCGAGUGUGAUGAAUAUUGA